UAUUAUUUCUCACCAUAUAAGCAACAGCCGCGAAAUUUGAGGGUGAUUUCAAAUUUUGCACUCGAGUAGAGCACGUUUUUUGGGUUAAAAUGAAUCAACCUACGGAUUUAUCAGUGGGGGAAAAUGGGGGACAAGGUAGAAACUUAAAAAGGACUCAUGAAGAGGCAGGACUCUCGCAUACAGCGGAAUUUAGGGCCAGUUUAUUGGGGCAAGCAUAUUCUGACGACGAUUUAGACUCGUGCGAUGGAUCUCUUGGUAGGCCGUCGACUCCAGGACCAAAACCUGGUAAAAAAACGAGGGGUAGGGUGAAAAUUAACAUGGAAUUUAUUGACAACAAACUCCGAAGAUACACAACAUUCAGUAAGAGGAAAUCGGGGAUAAUGAAAAAGGCUCAUGAACUUGCAACACUGACAGGAACUCAAGUCAUGCUUCUUGUAGCAAGUGAAACUGGUCAUGUCUAUACUUUUGCAACAAGAAAACUUCAACCAAUACUUUCAAGUGAAGCAGGCAAACAACUAAUUCAGACUUGUUUGAACUCACCUGAUCCUCCUGAAUCCACAGUAAAUCAAAAUAAUUUUGAUGAGCAGAGAAUGAGUGCACAAGGGUUUGAAGAGCCCGACUUAUCGUACGCUCCUCCUGAGGAAACUAAGGAAGGACUAUUACAAAAAACCUACCAUAAUAUGUUAACAACAAUCACAGGCGCGGGAACAUCUCACGACCAUCAACAACAAACUAUAUCCACAGUAACUUCAUCCCCGGCCACACAUAGUCAGGAACGGGUAAAUGAGGCAAUGAACCUAAUAGCAAUGAACAAUGCAAAUCAAAAUUCUGUAUCAAGAGGCCAAGUUGCUACUUUACAUUUACCUGGUGCUGCUUAUACUAUCAUGUCAGGUGCAACACAGCCAGAAACUAGAACAAUACAACUAUCAUCAGGAGACUCGCAUACAUCAAGAUCGACUGUCUCAAGUACUCCAGGUUUACUAACUCAACCAGCAUUGUUAACACAACCUGCAAAUAUAGUUCAUGAAAGAUUAAAUGAAGGCCAAAUAACAUUAUUGAGUCCAUAUAACACCAUACAACGACAAGUUCCAACAAUGCAAAUGCCAUCAAUGUCACAAGUUCUUUGGGCUCCAGCAGCUGCACUUCAUACACAACAAAUUGUAAUGCGUGCGCCACCAGAUGAUGGAAAAAAAGAUGACUCCAAAGGAUGAUGAUGCUGUCGUCAAAGUGAUGAUGUCACAUUGAUGAAAAGAAACAUCUUGAUCCCAAGAUGUGGGAGAACAUCACCAUGGCAUGAUUGGGUGAUGAACAUGGACAUGAAAUCCAAUAAUGUGAUGGUUUUAUGGAUUUAGUUUAGUGGCUUUUUAAUAUAAUCUCUAGUGAGGGAAAUUGAUUGAAUAAUUCGUCAAAACCAUACUCCCUGAAAACAAUAGCAAUAGUACGAAACCAAAAAUAUUUGAUUCAAGAGUCUUUUUAUGCACACUAAUCUUGACUUGCAUCGUAGAGUCGUCUUUUUCUUGCCACAGCAUUCUUGCGUCAUACGGAUCCACUUCCACAAAGGCAUAGAGCAAGGAAAGGU